GACGCUUUCAGAGAACGUGGCCAUACAAGAGGAGCACAUGUUUUCACCAGCCUGAAAACAACAUGAGAUUUUUGUAUUUUCUGUGUUUGCUGUCAUUGCCAACAGCUGUUGUUACAGAUUCCCACUCCCUGUGGUUCCUUGUAACUUACAUCGAAGGAGAGACUCCAUUUCCUGCAUUUAGUGUUGUAUACAUGUUAGAUGACAUCACAGUCGGAUACUACAAUUCAGAGGCAAAAAUCUGCGUUCCCAGAGGAAACACCACAAAUGAAGACGAGGAGGUUGAUCUCAUAAGUUAUUACCUAAAUGAAUAUUACCCUCCAAUUGUGGAAAGAUUUAUUGGACUUUUUAAGAACAAAACAAAAGGUCCUGUAGUUCACCAGUUGCUGACUGUUUGUGAAUUGCCAGACAAAGACGAUGUUGGACAAAUGAUCACUAAGAUUGCUUUUGAAGGCUCCACAACUGAUGAAAUGCAUUUUAUUGAUGACACAUUGACAUUUCAAGGCAUGGAAAAAGUGACGAAGCUACAUCUAGAGAUGUUCAGAUGGUUCCAUGCCAUGGCAUACAAACGCGGCAAACUGAUUCUCGAGAAGUAUCUGAAAAAGAGAGCAACUCAAAGGAAGAGGAGAGUGAAACCGCGAGUCAGACUCAUACAGAAAGCCUCAGAUUCUGGAGGCGUUCGAGUGAGUUGUUUGGCGACAGGAUUUUACCCUCGUCACAUCAACCUGACCCUGUUGAGAGAUGGACAGCCUGUAUCUGAUCAUGAGCUCACUGGAGGAGAUCUGCUGCCCAAUGGAGACGGGACGUACCAGAUGAGGAAGAGUCAGGAGAUCAGAGCAGAGGAGAGACAAAAACACAAAUACUCCUGCUCUGCAAAACACCUCAGUCUGGACAACAAACUCAUCGUCACAUUGGAUUUUGAUCACAGUGAACCAUACAAAUCAGUGAUUCCUUCAGUUCUGGCGGUUUUGGCUCUGAUGUUGGUGUUUGGAGCUGCAGCCGCUGUAUGGAAAAGACGACAUACAGCAUCUGAAGAAAAUGUAGAAAACAAAAAUACACCCAAAUGAUGUGAUGUCCUGACCCAAAGCAACAUGGAUGGGUGGAGGAACUUGAGAGCAGAUUGUCAAUAUUGUCUUCAAUAUGCAGUGAGCUUUAUGUGCUUAAAGAAUCUAACAAAGAAUAUUGCAGCGUGCGUGCGUGCGUGUGUGUGUGUGUGUUUUUGUGACAUAUCAGGACACAAAUCUGUAUAAUGACAUAGGUAUGACACAGGUAUUACAAAAAGGAGGUAAAAUAUGAGGAUAUUGGUGACGUCCUCAUUUCUCAAAAUGCUUAUAAAUCCCACAGGAUGAGUUUAAUCAGAGAGAAAAG